AUGCACACGGCAGAAUCUGCUGGUAUGUCUGUGCCCGGCAAGAACUCCCAGAGAUGUGGAGCUUGCAAUGGUCCACAGCCUGCGGCACGGCCUGAAGGAUUUGGAGGCAGCGUCACCACAUCAGUCGCCGGGCAAAGUUUUGCAAGCAUUGCGCAGCCAAUGCCGGGCAUCAUGAUGCCGUCACCCGGAAUGAUGGUUGCGCAAGCGUCGCCAUCACCAUCCCCGUGGCCGACCAUGGGAGGCGAGCAUCCACAGUCGAUGACGCCACCUCCACAAGUUCAGCCAGUGAUACCAGCCGUUGCUGGUGUUCCAGUUGCUGCACCUGGAGUCCGUGCUCCGACUGGAAUGGUUAUGCCCCUACCGCAACAUGGGCCGACAAAUUUUAUGUCUAGUCAACAAGCGCAGCCUCUGCAGAUGCAAAUGGCCGUCUCACCUGUUCCUGGAGUGCCUUGCCACGAUGGUAUGUCACCUCCAGUACAACAGCCUUUCUACAAUGCAGCAUGGGCUCCAUGGGGAGCUGCGACCUCGAGCAUUUCUAUGUCGCAGUUGGGGGACCUUUCUGUGCACUGCUUUUGUAUGGCUUCCGCUUUCGUUUCGAGGUACCGCAGACGUGCCGUCCUUGGUUUUCCCAGCGGGUUCACUAACUGGGGUGGUUUUUGUCGGUAUUUACAGGGUUUGCUUCGUUGA